AUGACCAUGGCUGUCUCCGCACCUCCGGUGAUCUCUGCAACUUCCAGUGGCGCCGGCGUCCCUGGGGGCCUUUUUCGGGCUGAACCAAUGUGUUUGACUCCUGGAGAGCCUCCUCGUCUCACCCCCAAUAUGAUCAACAGUUUUGUGGCCAAUAACCACAGUGGCAGCGCAGGGGGUGGCGGGGUCGGUAGUGGCAGUGGAGGCAGCGGCAACACCAACGAGUGCAGGAUGGUCGACAUGCAUGGGGUGAAGGUGGCUUCCUUCCUGAUGGAUGGCCAGGAACUGAUCUGCCUCCCGCAAGUCUUUGAUCUCUUCCUUAAGCACCUGGUGGGAGGGUUGCAUACAGUGUACACCAAGCUGAAGAGACUGGACAUAUCUCCCGUGGUGUGUACUGUUGAACAGGUCCGGAUCCUCCGUGGGCUGGGGGCCAUCCAGCCCGGGGUGAACCGCUGUAAACUCAUCACCAGGAAAGACUUCGAAACUUUGUUCACUGAUUGCACCAAUGCCAGAAGGAAGAGGCAAAUGACAAGAAAACAAGCUGUUAACAGUUCAAGGCCUGGCAGGCCUCCUAAACGUUCUUUGGGAGUGUUGCAGGACAAUGCUCGUCUUCUGCCACAUUCAGUUCCAGGACUCUUAUCACCAGGACUUAUCAGUCCCACAGGUAUAACAGCUGCAGCAAUGGCUGAGGCAAUGAAGCUACAGAAGAUGAAGCUUAUAGCUGUGAACACUCUUCAGGGAAAUGGAAGUCAAAAUGGGGCAGAAUCAGAACCUGAUGAUCUUAAUUAUAAUACAGGUGGAAGUGAAUGCUCAUGGGAUAAGGAUAAGAUGCAGUCUCCUCUUGCUGCUCCUGGUCCUCAACAUGGAAUUACUCAUGCAGCUCUGGUUAGCCAGCCAGGCCUUGGGGGUGCUCCUACCCUCAAUCCACUGCAGCAGAACCAUCUGCUGACCAAUAGGCUAGAUCUGCCAUUUAUGAUGAUGCCUCAUCCUCUACUUCCAGUCAGCUUACCUCCUGCAUCAGUUGCCAUGGCAAUGAAUCAGAUGAACCAUCUAAAUACUAUUGCCAACAUGGCUGCUGCAGCCCAGAUUCACAGCCCACUCUCUAGAGCUGGGGCCUCUGUUAUAAAGGAAAGGAUCCCAGAGAGUCCUUCUCCUGCUCCCUCUCUGGAAGAGAGUCAUCGCCCUGGGAGCCAGACCUCCUCCCACCCCAGCAGCAGUGUAUCCAGCUCUCCCUCUCAGAUGGAUCACCAUUCAGACAGAAUGGUUAUGAUGUCGAAUAAUAGAGAGGAAGUUAUUCUUGAUCAGGAAAAUGGACCAACCAUAAAAAAAUUCCAAAGAGAUAAUAAAGAAGAGGUACCAGUUCAAAUCCCAAUGAUGAAGUCAACAUUGGACAAGAUCCAUCUCACUCCUGGGCAGGCAUUGCCUCCUGGAUUCCCUGGACCAUUCAUUUUUGCUGAUAGUCUGUCCUCUGUGGAAACUCUGUUGACCAACAUUCAGGUCAACAAUAUUUCUAUAAACAAAAUAAAUGGUCUACUGAAAGUGGCUUUGGAUAAUGCUCGCAUCCAGGAGAAGCAGAUUCAACAAGAAAAAAAGGAACUGCGAAUGGAGCUCUAUAGAGAAAGAGAAAUUAGAGAAAACAUUGAAAGACAACUUGCAGUUGAGCUUCAAAGCAGAACUACCAUGCAAAAGCGCCUGAAGAAGGAGAAAAAAUCCAAGAGAAAACUGCAGGAAGCUUUGGAAUUUGAAUCAAAGCGUCGGGAGCAAGUGGAGCAAGCCCUUAAACAAGCCACUACUAAUGACAGUGGCCUGAGAAUGUUGAAAGAUACUGGGAUUGCAGAUAUUGAAAUAGAAAACAAUGGGGCUCCUCAUGACAGUACUGCUAUGCAAGGUACAGUAAAUGGCACAUUUCUCUCUAUAACUGCUUAA